ACCAUGCUUCGAGGUGCCAAUUUGUUAACAGACACACUGUCAAGCGGUAUUAAAUGUGUAUUGGGGUAGAAUUUUUGGACAGCGGUCGGAUUCGUUUGUUUGACAGGAUUAAUACGCAAAGUGAGAGGAUUCCGAACGAUCGUUUCUAAGAUUUUUUUUAAUCAUGGCUGGCAUUGUACCAUUAUCUGGCAAAUCUGGAAGAAAACAAUGGACCCUGCAUGAUGGACCAGGUGGAUUUCUUAGAAGAUUACGAUCACAGUUGGCCGAAGAUGGAUGCCCGGAGUCUCAAGUAGUGUUGGCUAAACAACUUUUGGAAGAAAGAUGCGAUCUGGAUGUUGACAAGGAAGAAAAUGCAAAGUUGGGUGUAUAUUGGCUCACAAAAGCUUCAGAGCAGGGUAACUUGGAAGCAACAGAUAUUCUUAGGAAAUGCUUAGCUACUGGUCGUGGUAUCACGGAACAUAAUUACUUCGAUGUAAAGAGUUGCCUUGAUAUGACUCAAGAUGAGAAACUGGCUAGAAAAGCAGCUAGGGAAAUGUUUACUAGUCUCUCGAACGGAGAAGAUUUUAUCACAACAGAGCAGCUACAAAGACGAAUGAGAGAUUUAGCAUCAAAUUCGUCCAAUGACGCAAGUUGUUCUCGCUCAAGCAACCUCGUGCGCAAUAAUCCUAGAAAAAAUGGAAACGAUGUUUCAAGCAACAAUUUCCCCAAGAACGGGCUUCCCGAUGACUCGACGUCUAAAAAAGACAAGGAAAAGGAAAACGAUGCCCACGAUUGGGUGCAUCAUCAGGGAGAAAAGAUUUCAGAAGCAGCCCUGGUCUCCGCUGCAGCUAGUUACGCUCGCGGGAUGCUUCCAAUAGUUUCGCACGCAUUGUGCAUGGUAGACUCGUCGCAAAUGGCACUGGAUACAGUACCAUUGUUGCAAAGGCCUCUCGUUCAUCCCCUCGCGUCGUUGAAACGUCUUUACGUUUGGUUGAUAGAAACGUUAGGUCAAAGAGGAAUGUCAAUUAGAAGAAUUCUUUUCACAUCGAAUAUACAUAUAUUAUUAUUGCUCUUACUGUAUUCGUUAUUAGGCACAGAAAACAUCAUACUCUUCGUACCGUUGGCACUAUACUAUUUGUCUUUCGUCGUAAUGGUUAUCGCCACUUUUCAAAUAUUACAACGAAAACGCGAGUUCAAUAAUUUCCGCGUCUGGUCGGGUCUGUUCCUCAGUUAUUCGAGCGGCAAUUUAAAUCCCGAAGAAGCAGAGUACCAGUACUGUUGCAAUAAUCUGAAACCUUACGGUCAUUUUUUUCUCGCCUUGCUCGUGAAUCUAAUGACCUAUCCGAUCAUAGCUCAUCAAUGGACACCUCAGUCGGAGUUCACUAUCAUCGCGGUCGCUUUAACGUUGGUGACGCUCAUGAAUUUCUUGUGGAAAGACUCCUCGAAAUUCCCGGACUUUUUAGCUCUCUUUAGUUUCGGUGUUCACGUUCUCGCUAAGUAUCCGUACGAAAUGGAUAUCGUGGUUGCUCAGGGAUGGCGGUUCUUGGACAUAAGAGUGCCAACGUUUGCUUCGUACGUCGUUGGCAACGGUAUAGAAUUUUGUUUAAAUUUCCGUGCGGUUUUCUAUCUUUUGAUCCCAGCGGUUUUCGCAAAAAUGGCCGCCCAGGAUAAUUGGCGGGGAACUUAUCAAACCCUGAUACCUCAUUGUGUCACCUUAAGUUGGUGGCAAAUAGCGAUCUUUAGUUCGCAAGGUGCAACCUGGUAUGGCUUGAUCAGGGGUGCUCUGGCGUUGGUCGGUAUGGUACUCUUUUUGCCGCUCGCGGGGUUGGCGUCGAUCAUCUUGCCGAUCGUGGCUGCUGCGAAAUAUUUGUCGGAAAGCGAUCUAGCAAUGAGAGUGGCCGUAACUGCGUUGCUAGGAGGGACGCCGUUUCUUGCUUCCUGGUACAUAAGGAAAACUAGAAUUCCCAAGUUCAAUUGGAUCAUCACCGUUAUCCAAUUGUUCAUGGGCAUUGGCGCCGGUAUGUUUUUGUCCUGGCCAAUGAUCAUGGAAUACAAACAAGAGCCCAACACGUACGAAGUUCUGUCCACGCUCUCGUGGGAACAGUACCAGAAUCAUUGCCACCAACCUGCGUGGGAACAAUUGUCGUCCAAAGCGCAAGUACAGGUCCAGUGCGCAGAUUUGGAGGGAAUACUGGUUUCGUGGGAAGGUUAUGUGACAAAUAUUAAACUAAGAUCAAUAAAGAACAGCAUCGCGGUGAUAUUUAACAAAUUACCUGACAGUAUUAGAAACGUGAUUAGCUGUAUGUACGGCGAACCGUAUUCAAACAAUUGCAACACCGCCGACGAGUUACGGCAGAAGAAUUGCAAACAUUUCGCGACCAUUCAGAAACGAAGGAACAAGUGUCACUUUCCCGUUUGGAAUUACUACGAGUUCGAGAUCUCGGUGAAGAUGAAAAGCGGUAUGUGGGGUAACAACGCGGAGGUUGUGCUGGUAACGGAUCAUUCUUUCGCCAAUUUUAGUUUGAAUAUGUACCCGGGGGACAAAAUUUGGUUUUCUGGCACGCUCUUGAACGACGGUUUGAGGGAGGAAUCAUUGCUAGGCGGUUCCGAGCCGCACAUUCAAUUAGAGGAAAUCGGUUGCAUCGCGUGUCACUCCAAUCAGUUAAAAUCUUACAGACGCUACAAAUAUCAUAUAACGUUGAGUUCGAUUUUAAGCGACCUCUGCCUGGGCGUAAAGACAGUUCUGAACUUUUUGUUAAAUCCUAUCGUGAUGUUCAAAUAAUCGUAAUGUGCCGAAUCGAAAUGUUUGUUUCAGAACGUUUUAGAUAGAAUUGUUUGCGUCGAGAUAUAAAUUUCGAUGGUGUCUUGGGGAAUUUUAUUUCGAGCUACUUGAAAUUCGUUGGGGUAUGUCUGUCGCAAGAUAUCCGCGUGAUAGACUUCGUAAGAAAAAGAGACGAAACACAAACAGAAAUAGAUAGAAGUAAAUACGCUAUAUGGAGAAAAAAAAAAAAACAAAGAAGUUAGAAGAAUGAUAUUAUCGUUUUUAAUAUAGAAGUUAUUGGUAGAUUUAUUAUGAUUGAAUUAGAAAUUAUUCUCGUUUAGAUACCGAAGUAAAUACUCCUAAAGAAAUACUUUUUUAAUUGAUGUACACGUGUACGUAAGUCUAUAUAGAAAAAUUGCAGGCAUAUUUUGAUGUUAUCAACGCCUCAGGCAUUAGAAUUUCAGCGAAAACUCGUAAAAUAUCUCUACGUCAAAGUACACUUAUAUAUAUGUAUAUUUUAAGAUCGACAUAUUUUCGUAAGUAUUACUGCCGGUAAUAGAGACAAAUGCGCUUAAUAUUUUUCUAUUCCGUUUUCGGAAAAUCAAAGCAGGCGGGGGACCUCUUUGACUUUAUUUUAACACAACAAUAAAAUAUUAACACAGUUUUUGUAACGCUAAAUUUUAACGAGAAACAUCAUUCGCGUCUAAUUAACAAAGUUGAUCCACGUUUAUGAACAAUGUAUCUACAACGAAUGUGAUGUGAGUACCUAUAGUGUCGAUGUUCAGUUUCUUAGAACUUAACGUUACCAUCUUUUAAACGUUCACAUAGAUUUAUGAAACUCGAUGGAAUUACGGGACUAUAAUGUAGUCGUUGAAAUAUCUUUACUCUUGUAAAUGUCAUGAAUAUUACAUGUAUUUAUAGAAGUAGUAAAGAUAUAUAUGUACACAUACGAUGCGUAGGUGUCAAAGGUUGCUAUUAAAUUGAUGUUAAGUGUCUAGACAUUGAAAACAUAAACAAUUUAAAAAAGAGUCUUGUAACUGUCUAGUUAGGAUACCGGAGACAGUCAUGCUACACGUCAUAUCAGGACAAUAGUAAAAGACGUAUAGACGAGAUAAAAAGACAAAUAUAGAUGUGCCUUGAUGUU